AAGACCUCCAGUGAGAAAAUGGCAAUGAAAAAUGAAACAUUGCUGACUGAGUUUGUCCUCACUGGACUCCCAUGUCAAACAGAGUGGCAAAUCUUCCUGUUCAUCCUGUUCUUAGGAAUAUACCUCGUUACCAUUGUGGGGAACCUGGGUCUGAUUACUCUCAUCAGGAAUGACUCUCACCUUCACAUACCCAUGUAUUUAUUCCUUGGGAAUUUAGCCUUUGUAGAUACUUGGUUAUCAUCCACUGUGACACCAAAAAUGCUGGUGAACUUCUUAAACAUGAGUAAGAUGAUAACCUUCUCUGAAUGCAUGAUACAAUUUUUCUCUUUUGCAAUCAGUGCAACCACAGAAUGUUUUCUGUUGGCAGCAAUGGCUUAUGAUCGCUAUGUAGCUAUAUGCAAACCUUUACCUUACCCAGUGAUUAUGACCAAUAGACUAUGUUUCCAGCUAUUAGUUUUAUCAUUUGUAGGUGGCUUUCUUCAUGCCUUAAUUCAUGAAAGUUUUUUAUUCAGAUUAACCUUCUGUAAUCAAAAAGCCUCAGUAAUUCAGAAAACUAAUGAUAAAAAUAAAUAA